UGUCCAUCAGUACAGCUGGGUUGGUGCUGCUUCCUGUUUCUCAGGAAACUAUCCCAAAGAACCCAGCAUUUGCCUAUGUCUGUGCUUAUGGUCUUCAUUCCCUUUAAUAUACUUGCAGGAAUAUAUUUCCUGGGAACCUUGAGGCCACCAAAAGAGCAAAGGUGAAAAACAGAAGAGGAAGGAAAAGCCAGCGGCACAGGUGACGUGGAUGCAGAGACUCAGGUUCUUGGUGAUGUGGAAGGCAGCAUUAAUUACUUCAAGAGGAAGACGGCAUUGAAGAGGGUCUUUAUGGUGUUGGUUAGCAAUUUGGACAAGAAACUGCUCUUGCCUGAACUGCUUGAUGAACUGGACAUACAGGACCCACAGAGAAAUGACUGCUGAACUUGCCUAAAGUGGCUACUUGGAGAGGCUGUGGUGGAAAGAAAAACCCAACAGCAGGGAAGAGCCCGCUUCCAGAAAGAAGCAAGUUCCCUGUGCUGGCCAGUGGCUAGGAAGCCCUAAACAAUACCACAUAGUAGUUGGAACAAGAGUUACAGCCAGAGAGCAUUAAUUUGCAUCAAGGCUAGACUUCUGAACUGUUUCCAGAGAUGGCUUGCAUAACUUUGCUUUUGGCUAUUCUUCAUGUGCACAAAGCACUGUGUGAAGUGACCUUUUGGGACACAGCUGUUCAGCUCUCUGAGACCAUGACUCUGGAAUGUGUGUACCCAUUGACGGACAACUUAACCCAGGUGGAAUGGACCAAGAUCAGUGGCUCAGAGACUGUGACCAUAGCUGUUUACAACCCAAACCUUCAUAUGCAUAUAGAUCACAACUACUUCCAUAGAGUGCACUUUCUGAACACAACACUGGAGUUCCGCAAUAUGAGUCUGUCCUUUUACAAUGCCUCUGAAGCAGAUGUUGGCAUCUACUCUUGCUUGUUUCAUUCUUUCCCAGGUGGACCUUGGGAAAAGAAGAUAAAGGUGGUCCAGUCAGAUAGUUUUGAGAUAACCGCACCCUCAAAUGGCUACCUGUCUGCAGAACCUGGACAAAAUGUCACACUCAGUUGCCAGCUUCCAAAUAACUGGCCAAUGCAACAAGUAAUGUGGGAAAAAGUCCAGCCCCAUCAGGUAGAUGUGUUAGCUUCCUGUAACCUAUCUCAAAGGACAAGUUACACAUCAAAGUACCUAAGAAAAACAUGGAGUAACUGCAGCCAGGGGAGCACGCAGAGUGUCCUCAUCAUCCCCAAUGCCACGUCUGCUGACUCUGGACUUUACAGAUGCCGUUCUGAGGCCAGCACGGGAGAACAGAAAACCUAUGUCAUAAGGCUGAUCAUAACUGAUGGUCUUAUGGAGGUCCAUCCCUGCUCUACUCUGGCCAUUCCCAUAGCAGGUGGAGCCAAUAAACAUUUUAUACUUCCCAUUGUUGGAGGAUCAGUUUCACUGUUGCUUGUUAUCCUAAUUAUAAUCACAAUUAUUUUUUAUAGCAGAAGGAGAAGGAGACAGGUGAGAACACCACUUAAAGAGCCCAGUGAUAAACAGAGUAAGGUAGCUACCAACUGCAGAAGUCCCACAUCUCCCAUCCACUCUGUAGAUGAUGAGAAAGAGGACAUUUAUGUUAACUAUCCAACCUUCUCUCGAAGACCAAAACCAAGAUUCUAAACUGUUCUUCUGACCUGAACACAUUAAUGAUGAUGUCUAUGGCAUAGGUUUUUGGUCAUUCUUUUUUCACCACCAAUAUCUACUUUGAUAAAAAUUGAUUGGAUCUAUGUCAUUUACUAGAACGAAGCUUUAUCACCUAUGAAUAUUUUUGAUAGAGAUGCAUUAGAAAGUCCAGAUAUAAUUAGCUUAUAUGUACAAUACAUGUUGCAUAUGUCCCAUAUGCAACAUAACAGUCUAGAGAAGAUGAAUGCUACAAGGUGUUCUUGUUGUGUUUGAAAUUAACGAUGAGCAGAAGCUUCUCUCUGAAUCCUUCCCACAGUGUUAGUUUCAUUUACGUCCUACUGGUCCAAUUCUCAUGUUGCUUCCCUUGGAUGCUCCCAUGAUGGUUGUCAGUGACACUUGGCAGAAGCUUUUCAGGUCAAAUAUAAGAAACAAAGUUGAUUAUUCACUUAUUAGUAAGAAGAAAGUGAUAUCAUAAAGGAUGAAAUAACUUAAAUCAGUUAUGGGUUCUCUUAAAAAACAAGGGCAGUGCUAAAUCCUCACUUGGAAAUUCCAAGUAUUGUUAAAAAGAAGGAUGAAAGGGACCUAGAAGUCAUUUCUAACAAAUAUUGACUACACAGAUGUUGCUCGUUAACCAGCUAACAGGUGAAUAUACUGCAACAUCAACAUCAUUCAAAGGAGUACACAUAAAGAUGGUCAGGAAUGCAAUGGGUGCAAAAUAUCUCCCUUCUCUUUCUAGUUUCAAAUAAAUUCAUCUCAAAUUCUAUAGAGAAUUCUUGCCCUCUGCCAGGGCUAGUCUUCCAUAAAAUGAGAUGUUCUAAUAAGAAACAAUGCUUUUGAUAAUGGUUUUCUACUUUUGAGAAUAAUUAUAAUAUGUAAAUUUGUGAAUCAAAAAGCUUUUAAAAAAUGAACACAUGAAAAGAGAUUGGUGACUGUAAGCAGCAGAAUUCAGAAAUGUAGGAACCCGAGACCAGUGAAUUUGGAGAAUGUGAGGGAAGAGGAAAAGGUGUCACAGAAUAGUAAUAUGUGAAAGAAGACUUGUGCUUCAGAGUUUGAACUAGUUCACCUCUACCAACAUUGCUGUCUUUGAGAGAAUGCGCCUGGUUUUGUUACAUAUUUAUGAAGGUAAAUAAAACUAUAGUUAUCUCCAAACUGUGGUGGUCAUUACCAAAUAAAAUGGCGUUUAGUAUUUGAAAGACCCAUUUCUCAUCUCUAAAGAAAUUUAAAGGAUCAUUAUCUUUAAAUCUUCAUUGUAGAAAGCUUCCUUUAAGUUUCUGGUUUAUAUAUUUUGUUAUAAACUUAGUGAAACAAAUCUAGAUGCUAAUGCUGUUACAAUGACUCUAAACUGUAAUUCAUAGUUUAAAGCUAAUUAGUGGAUAUUUCAUAUUUUUAUCCUUAAGUACUAUACAUGAUUAAUUGGCCAAUUAUUUUUCAAACUACAGAAAUUCAGAGGGAAAUAAAAGAAAAUGACCAUUU